UAUAAUAUCAGGUUGACUAACUGGCAGCCAGUUGAUUCUGAUUUUUUUUAAACAGGGAAUUAAACCUUGACCUCUUUGGUUAAUUGUAUGAAUGCUUUUCCAUACUCAUUCAUUGUUUGUUUUCCUGGCUGAAAAAAUUGAAAACUUUAAAAUGAAGCCUCUGAAAUAAAUGACAAGCCAGGGCUUACUUGUUCUGAAUCUUUCAGAAUGACUUAACAAUUGUUAAAGACCAAUUUACAGUAGAACUAGGGCAGAUUGCUUCCCAGCCUUUUGAAUUGUAAAAAACCACAUCUCCCAAAUUCCUAAGCUAUUCAUCAACUGUUCUAUUGUAGCAGGCUCACCCUAUAUUGUGUCCCUGAUAUGUCUAUUAACUCUGCAGUAAAGUGUGAGUUUAAAACAAUUGUGCCAUGGAGUCACUGUGGAAUAAAUACCACAAACAUUGGCAAAGUUGCUUCAUAAAUCUUUCAUAGUUUAGCGAGGAACUUAGGCGUGCCUUUCUUCUAUGGGAGUGCAGCUGUUUCUUGUGGGGUCCCCGGGGGCUGGAUCUUGGUGUAAGGCUGUUUAAUAUCAUUAUGUUCACAGUUUUUGUGAUGAUAUCUCAUCGCUACCCACGGAUUACAUGCAGGUUUGUGCACGUAUUCCAAAUAAGUUUUUUUUUAAAUGGUCAGCAUCCAGCAGAAGGCAUUUUCUAUGCAGCAACAUACAAAGGAACCAGGAAUGCAGUUACACCAGCAGGGUAGGGGACUGUCUUCAAACUGGUAAUUUGAAAAAAGGCUUAAGAAUUUGUGCAGGGAAUCAUCUCAACACAACUUUUCAUGGUAAUGCUGUGACCAAAGUAUGGUCUUUGGCUGUAUAGCAAUAUAAAUAUUGCACAAAAAUAGGAAAGUACGUGGCAUUAGUAAGAUCAUGGGAAUUCUGUGUCUGGUUUUGCUGCUCACACAUGAGGAAGGAUAUGAAAUAUUAGUAGGAGUACAAUGACAAAAACGAUCCAAGGUUUGGAAAUGAAGCUUUACAAUGCAGGGUGUAUGGAGUCUAUUCGGCUCAGAAGAGACUGAGAGGGAAAAUCAUGUCUGUCUAUACCCUACAUAUGUGUAAGGAAAAUACGUGCUAUUUGCUUGACCCUACUAAGACAUCCAGUGUCUGGGAGAUGCAGUUAGGUAUGUUGUUCCUUGAAAUAAUAAAUAGCAGCAAGGGCAAUAAAGCAUUCUAAUGGAUUUGCUGUUGCUGGGAGUGUAUGAAGUGAGAUGGGGCUUCCUUCUCAAAGAUGUGCUUUGGCUUAGUUUGAUGGAGGAUGUUUCCAGUGCGUGCAGAAGGGGGGACUGUGCUCUGUUCACCUGCACUCUUGCCUAGAUUGAGGAAACAAGAUUAUUUGCAGUGCUUUCUGUGUAUUGUAGCACGUGUUGCUACCUCGGACAAGAUUAUAAUAAAAUGUUGUGCUUCAGAACUUGGCUGGUUUUCUCUUGGGUCAGGAGGACCAUUUUUCCUUGGUGCCUAAUUUGACUUCUGGGAUUAUGAUUAAUUAUUGUGUACUCUCCUCCAGAGCAUCAACAUCUGGUGGCAGCUGGAGACAGGAUAUUCGGGUGCUCACCUUCCUCACUUACUACUCCCUGUUGGUACAGAGUCCUCUCAUAUUCCCAGGGUGACAUCGCUGGAAGUUUUCCUGUUGAAAAGAACUGAAACUUGAGGAGCCUAAGUUCUUGUAGUGCUAAAGGCUAUCAGGGCGGGAAGAGCAACUCAGGAAAGGAUUUCCCUUGGGUUUGUUUCACUUCAAGAAGAGAAGAACCCAGGAACACCGAUGAUCUAAGGAACACAAACACUGAUACUCAGUUCAUUUUCUUUCACAUCUGAGAAGCUUUUUCUUCAUAUGUGGAGCUGAGACCUGGGAAUGCGUUAUUAUGGCAGCAGUUGUACAGCAGAAUGAGCUCGUGUUUGAGUUUGCCAGCAACGUUAUGGAGGACGAGCAGCAGCUUGGCGAUCCAUCUAUUUUCCCUGCUGUCAUCGUGGAGCAUGUUCCUAGUGCAGAACUCCUACAUAACUACUCUGGGUUAACCUGCGUGGAUGAACCUAGUGACAUGAUCACUGAGAACUCUCUGGAUGUUGCAGAAGAGCAGAUCAUAGAAGAUGAUGAUAUCACCCUCACAGUUGAAGCAUCUUGUCAUAAUGGAGAUGAGACAAUGGAAACAAUUGAGGCUGCUGAAGCACUUCUCAAUAUGGAUUCCCCUGGUCCUAUGUUGGAUGACAAAAGAAUAACAACUAUGUUUGACGCAGCUGAAGAUGAUGAUAUUGUGUCUCCUAUUACACACGUGUCAGUCACGCUUGACGGGAUCCCUGAGGUGGUGGCAGUUCACCAAGCCCCGGACCCUUACGCUGAAUCACCAGGGACUCCAGAAUUUGAACAACCAAAGAAGAAAAAAGGGAAGAAGUCGAGACCACCUCGUCCUGAGUCCCCUACUACAACUCCAAACAUAUGUGUGAAAAAGAGAAACAGAGAUGGAAAGGGAAAUACAAUUUAUCUCUGGGAGUUUUUACUAGCACUGCUCCAGGACAAAGCUACAUGUCCUAAAUAUAUCAAAUGGACUCAAAGAGAGAAGGGCAUUUUCAAACUGGUUGAUUCCAAGGCUGUAUCCAGGUUGUGGGGAAAACACAAAAACAAACCUGACAUGAAUUACGAAACGAUGGGCAGAGCUCUCAGAUACUAUUACCAAAGAGGAAUACUGGCUAAAGUGGAAGGUCAGCGCCUAGUAUAUCAAUUUAAAGAAAUGCCAAAAGAUCUCAUCUAUAUAGAUGAUGAAGAUGCUAGCCCUAGCACUGAAUCAUCAGAUUCAACUCUGCUCCCAACUGCUGCCGCCAGUAGAAACCAGUCGAGCAGAUCUAGAGCAUCUGCAAACGUGGGAACAAAGGGAGGAUCAACCACGGUGGUAAAAACAGGAAGCUCAAAGCCUGCAAAGCUGAAGGAGCAAGUAGAAGUUGCACAGCAGCAGACACCCAGCUCCACUUCAGAAGUUUCGAGGACAACGCAAUCUCCACAGCCAGUACAUCCCACUCAGCUUUUUCGGACAGUUCAAGUAAUGCAGCCAUUGCAGCCCGUCACAGAAGAACAGGCACCUGCAACCAGUAAUGUUCCGGAUGAACCGUUAAAUCCCUCGGUUCAGAAUGUAAGGACUUUACAGAAUCCAACCCAAGUUCCAGUGGUUGUGUCUCCUAGCAAUCAGCAGCUGCAUACUGUAACACUCCAGACAGUGCCUCUUACUACAGUGAUAGCAAGCACAGAUCCAGCCUCAGCAACAACGUCCCAGAAAUUCAUUUUACAAGCCAUUCCUACUUCACAACCCAUGACAGUCCUUAAAGAAAAUGUCAUGCUACAGUCUCAGAAGCCAGUCUCACCUCCUUCCUCAAUCGUGCUGAGCCCAGCACAAGUUCAGCAGGUGAUCACCAGCAGCGUGCAGACAGUUUGCAACGGGACAGUCAACAUGGCUUCGUCUCCAUCCUUCAGUGCCACCACCCCCGUGGUAACGUUCUCGCCCAGCAGCUCACAGGUAGCUCACCCCUCGGGCACGGUGAUCACUUCGGUUAUUAAAGCACCAGAAACAAAGCAGAGCGAUGUACAAGAGGCAGUGAAAGAAGAUGACAGUGACAAAGCAGAUGAUACUGAGCAGUCGGAGCAGAGAUUCCAGCAGCAACCAUUUGUGAUGGUGGUGUCCAGUUCGAAUGGCUUCCCAUCUGACGUGCAAGUGAAGCAAGAAAAUGAGCCAUUGGAACCCAGUUCAUAUGAGUAAAUUCUUAAACAGAAAAAAAAAGACCCUGUGGAUGAUUAUUUUCAUAAAUGUGAUGGGACCUCUCAGUUAUGUAUAUAUAUGAUUUGAUUCUGAAGCAAGAUGUUGCAAAGCUCCUUAAUUUCUGCAGUUAAUUGUUAGAAUUCAUGCGUUAGAAUGGAUUUUGAUUUUCUGUUAAUUGCUAAAUGUUAUCAUAUAAAUAAAAUUACAUAUUACUCAUGUUUCAAAAUACAGGCAUGAAGGAACAUGCUCUUUGCGCUAUGAAGACAUUCUCCUGAGGUUGUUGGCCAAAGUUUCAGACUUCUUUCUUAUUGUAUGUUUUCAGUCUGUUGCCGAUUUACAUUGCAGUAAUGUUACUAUAACCUUUUCUGUUUAAUCCCUACGUGUAUCACUUCACUUAACUUCUGAAGCAACAGUUACUUUUAGUGGGACAUUUUUUUUCAUUCCAUGUGUAUGGAUUUUUACGAUCAAGUAUGUGUUCCAUACUGGUGAAUUACACCAGUUUUAGACUUUGAUAACCAGGUAUCCUCUUGCAUUUUUUGCAGCACAAGCUCUUGUGUGUGCAAAAUUGACUAUACACUCCUAUUGAGAGUAUACGAAACAUUUAUUCCAGUAAUGGACAAUACCAUGUCUCUAUUUUAUAUGGAAACAUCAGAUAUAUUUAAUUACAGAAGCUAACGGCAUCACUACAGGUGCAAACGUUUCAUGCCAUUUUGCGACUAUGAAGCUUAACAGUCUUGCUUUCUACUUCAGAUUAUUUUGUAAGGGGGGAAAGAAAUGAAAUAUAUACAAUUUAUACAGGUAUUUGGAGAUUAAUACUGCUAAGAGUUUUUUUUUUUUUUUUUUUGAUUGUAAAUAAUGUACAUUUAAUGUCACAGGGAGGUUUUUUCAGCUAAUUUGUUUCCAUACAAAUUUUUGAUAGAUGCAAAUAAGAUCAUUAUGUUUAGAGGUCUAAUGUUAUAUGUAUUCAUAUUACAGAGUGAAUUUGUAUUUAAAGACAAAUUUUUAAAUGAUGGAGCCCUCUGAACCUUGGGUCCUUGCCUUUUGUAUUUUUAAUUGGUUUAUUAUGAAAAUAAAUCAAGUGGAAAAACAUUUUUCUGUA